AUGGCCGACCAGACCCCAAUUCUGGAGAAGCUGGACGCAGCUCUGUCAGAGCUUCUCGCAGACUGGAACAUCUACACAACCGUAUUUGCUGGCAUUCUUGCUGCAUUUGCCAUCUACUCCGUCAUUUCAAACAAGGAUCCCGAUGUCCAUCCGUUCCUUUUAGCUCGUCAAUCGACGGCAUCUCCCAUCCGACAAACUGGCGAGUCCGCAACCUACCGCAGUCUUGAGACACCUUAUGGAUUCCCUCUUCGGCAAGGAUUGAACGUGAAGGACCCGGGAGCUCCCAAGUGGACUGCAGGUCGACGCGGUGACCUGCGUGAUAUCUGGAAGACCGCUGUCCGUGGAGCUCUGAAUGAGGACGGUACCACCUCUGGAAAGCAGGGCAAAAUCUACACCGUUCUUGGCAAGAAUGCCGUCGAACAUUCGCUGGCUCAAGUUACACAGGAGAUUAAUGUGAUUGGCCGUCACCUUCAAAAGGCCGAGGUGAAGACCGUCGCCGUUUGCCUAACUGACUCGAUCGAACUGCUGGCGGCUAUUUUCGCUGGCUCUUUCUACGGAUUCAAGAUUGUUCUUAUCCCCCAUAACCUUCCCGCGACGACCCUGUCAAGCCACCUGCAAAAUUCCAAGGCUGACGCUCUUAUUGCCGAAGUUGGCUCGCUUGAUCUGUCUCUCGUUGCAAAGGCAAACAAACAGCUUUCUGUUGUUAUCUGGGUCGCCAAGUAUGGAAACCGUCACAUGGAUUGGCACGGAGUCCCCAAGGAUGUCAAGGGCACUCUGGAGGUUGCUGUCUGGCAUGAAUUGGCGGAGGAAGUCAAAGACCUCUCUGGCUUCGACGUCCCCGAAUACGACCCAACUACCUCUACCCCUGCCGUCCAUACGGUUUGGCCCUCUGCGUCCCAGUCUGGCGAGUUUAUUGAAUUCAAGCAAGAGAAUCUUGCGGCCGCCAUCAGCGCUCUGGGAUCAGCACUUCCUCGGAAUCAACGUUUUAACUCUUCUGAUCUUGUGCUCUCAAUUGACUCCCUCUCCCGCUCGUAUCCUCUCUGCCAAAUCUUCAACGCGCUGUUCUCAAACGCCUCGAUUGCCUUAAACUCUGUGGCCGGUGAGGAUGUUGAUUUUGCGCUCGCUACCAAAGGAGUGUCCCCAACAGUGAUCAUUGCGUCAUCACGAACCAUGUCUGAAUACCAUGACCAUGUUAUGAAGCCCCACACCGGCCUCAUCUCUUCUUUGGGCCGGUGGGUACAGGCUCAGACCCUGGAUGCAGGCAACAUGCCAUCCCAGAACUUCUUCAGUCGACUUGCACAGGUCGGACCGACUGCGGAGCUUUCACUGGAGAACUUGCGCCUCCUCUGUAUUUCUCAUCGUGUUGAUGCCGCGGCCUCGGUCCGGCUGACCUCGGAGCAGCUGACAGACCUUCGGAUUUACAUGGGUGCUCGCAUUGUAUAUGCUCUGACUGGACCAGGCAUUGCUGGAGCUAUCUCCCAGACCAAUGUUUUCGAUUACAGGGAUCUCAAUGGCCCAAGCCAUUUCGGAGCUCCUCUCAGCAGCACGGAGAUCACCCUUACUGGCGUCUCUGAGAACCAGACAUCUGAAGAGAAUCCAGAGGGCCAGAUUAUGGUCGCGGGUCCCGCUGUUGUAGAUGGCAAGACGACUCUAUCUUCACGCGGACGCAUCGCCACGGACAACACCAUUGGAUUGUGUGCUUGA